AUGAAUAAAUUAAUUAUCUCUUUAUUAAUUGUUUUAUCAGCAAUCUCUAUCAUUUCAGCAGAUUACCAAUAUGGUUAUUGUAAAUUUGGUUCUGUUGGUACUGUAAAUCAAAAUAUUACAGGUUAUGUUACAUUAACUGCACAAGAUGGUGCCCUUAAUUUAGUUUAUAAUAUAAGUUCAAUUAAUUUACCAACUGGUUCAUAUGCAACUGCAAUUAUGACAUAUGGUUAUAAUCCAUCAAAUAAUACUGAUUUAGGUGGUGUUUUCCAAGUUGAUGGAAAAGGUACAGAGCAAUGUCAAUCAGGAGGUUCCAGAGCAGGUGAUUUAUAUAAUCUCUAUGUUAAUGAUAAUAGAAUUAGCAGCAAUUUCGAUAGUUUGACAUCAGUAUCAAUUGUUGACUCACCAAAUUCGAUCAUUGGAAGAUCGAUUGCAAUUUUCCAAGAGUCAUAUUCAUGUGAUUUAUUGAAAUCAUCAGUUGGAACAUCAGUUGGUCCAUUGACAACCGUUGUUGCAUCAUGUAUUAUUGGUAUUGGUAAUUCAGCAAAUGUGCCAGCCACCAAUGGUGUUAAUACAACCACUGGCAAUGCAAAUACUGCUGGUGCCUACUCAAGCUUAUCAAAUACUCAAUAUGACGCAAUGGUUUUGUUGGCAAAUACCACCAAAUCUCCAUCUGCCGCUAUUGGAGGUUCCGUCUUGUUUAGAUCUUCAUCAAAUUCAGUUUCAGUAAAUGGUAUUGUAAGUGGUGUUGCUAAAAGUGUACAUGGUUUCCAUAUUCAUGCAUUUGGUGAUUUAACCACUGUUGAUGGUGCUUCAAUUGGUGGUCACUGGUUAUCAGGCGCACAAGUCCAUGCUUUCCCAGAGAAUACAUCAAGACAUUUCGGUGAUUUAGGUAAUCUUUGCAUCUUUGAUAACGAUUUCAAAAAUGCCUAUUAUUAUCUCUCAACUAGUUACUUUUCAUUCUCUGGUUUAGUUGGCAGAGGUUUCGCUGUUCAUGCCGCUAGAGAUGAUGGUAACACUUAUGUUGGUGGUGAUCGUGUUGCUCAAGGUGUUGUUGCUUUAAUUCCAAAAGCUGCUACAACUUUAAAUCAAGUUCCAUCUAAUUGGAAAUACGAAGUUAUCUGUUCAAAUGGUACUUACACUGGUGAAUCAACAAUUGAACCAUCACCAACUCCAUCAACAACUCCAACUCCAACCGAAACUUCACAACCAGGUACUUCAUCUUAUCUCGCUCCAUUCUUUGUUUUGAUUUUAUCUUCUUUAAUUUCUGUUAUUUUAAUUUUAUAA